GAGGGAGGGAGGGAAGAAAGCUCCUUCCACUAGCUCAGAAAUUGCCUUCCUUGGAGUGUGAUCUGAGGCUCCAGCAACCCCUGCCGUCCCCUCAGCCCUGGGGCUGAGCCAAGGUCACCCAGCAGGAUGAGAACCUCAAUGUGCUGGCAACUGCUACUGUUCCUCUCUGUAUUCCCAUUUGGAGAGACUUUGGAUGAAUUUGCUCCUGUUGAGAACCCUGGAUUCACAGGACAGCGUGGCCGACUCCUGGCCCACCUGAUUCCCUGGGAACGGAGGCCCCGGUGUCCUGAGAAACCAGAGCAGAGAAGACAGACACAGAGACCGGCGCUACUCUGCCCCUCUGAUGAGACCCCUGACCCACUGUGGCCAGGUCUAUGCCCCACCCGCAGCCGACUGAUUGCCACACCCCGAGGAGCAUUGCUGGUGGAGCGGGAGAAAGACCCGUCAGCCUACAACUGGAACUCCUUUGGUCUGCGUUAUGGGAAGCGACAGACAAGGAUGGGAAAGGCUCGGGUGACUGCCUGAUAGAGAUCAUGUGUGUCCUGGGAUUUAAAAUGAAUUUCAACCUGGGGACAAAGGUUUCAAGCAAAGGGGCUGGGCUUUUUUUUGGGGGGCAGGUAAAGGGAGAAAGUUCACUGUCCUGAAA